CGUGUGUGCGGACGCAGUUGCGUGAGGGGAUUUUGCCUUCUGCCGUGCUGUGGAGCAAAGCUUGUUCCUCUCCCGCUCAGCCGCGCAGGUUGAAUUGACCAAAGCAAUGGUUAUGGAGAAGCCUAGUCCCCUGCUGGUCGGGCGGGAAUUUGUGAGGCAGUAUUACACGCUGCUGAACCAGGCCCCAGACAUGCUACACAGAUUUUAUGGAAAGAACUCUUCUUAUGUCCACGGGGGAUUGGAUUCAAAUGGAAAGCCAGCAGAUGCGGUUUAUGGACAGAAAGAAAUCCAUAGGAAAGUCAUGUCACAAAACUUUACCAAUUGCCACACUAAGAUUCGCCAUGUUGAUGCUCAUGCCACUCUGAAUGAUGGGGUGGUGGUCCAGGUGAUGGGGUUGCUCUCCAAUAACAACCAGGCUUUGAGGAGAUUCAUGCAGACAUUUGUCCUUGCUCCUGAGGGCUCUGUUGCAAAUAAGUUCUACGUUCACAAUGAUAUCUUCAGAUACCAAGAUGAGGUCUUUGGUGGCUUUGUCACUGAGCCUCAGGAGGAAUCUGAGGAAGAGGUAGAGGAACCUGAAGAAAGACAGCAGACACCUGAGGUAGUACCUGAUGAAUCUGGAACUUUCUAUGAUCAGACUGUCAGCAAUGAUUUGGAAGAACAUUUAGAGGAACCUGUUGCUGAACCAGAGCCUGAUCCUGAACCAGAACCGGAACAAGAACCUGUUUCUGAAAUCCAAGAGGAAAAGUCUGAGCCAGUGUUGGAAGAAACUGCUCCUGAGGAUGCCCAGAAGAGUUCUUCCCCAGCACCUGCAGACAUAGCGCAGACAGUACAGGAAGACCUGAGGACAUUUUCUUGGGCAUCUGUGACCAGUAAGAACCUUCCACCCAGUGGAGCUGUUCCAGUUACUGGGAUACCACCUCACGUUGUUAAAGUACCAGCUUCGCAGCCUCGUCCGGAGUCUAAGCCUGAAUCUCAGAUUCCACCGCAGAGGCCUCAGAGGGAUCAAAGAGUGCGAGAACAACGAAUAAAUAUUCCUCCCCAGAGGGGACCUAGACCAAUCCGUGAGGCUGGUGAGCAAGGUGACGUUGAACCCCGAAGAAUUGUGAGACACCCUGAUAGUCACCAACUUUUCAUUGGCAAUCUGCCACAUGAAGUGGAUAAAUCAGAACUUAAAGAUUUUUUUCAAAGUUAUGGGAAUGUGGUGGAGCUGCGCAUUAACAGUGGCGGGAAAUUACCCAAUUUUGGUUUUGUUGUGUUUGAUGAUUCUGAGCCUGUUCAGAAGGUCCUUAGCAACAGGCCCAUCAUGUUCAGAGGUGAGGUCCGUCUGAAUGUGGAAGAGAAGAAGACUCGAGCUGCCCGGGAAGGGGACCGUCGAGAUAACCGCCUGCGGGGACCUGGAGGUCCUCGAGGUGGGCUGGGUGGUGGAAUGAGAGGCCCGCCCCGUGGAGGCAUGGUGCAGAAACCAGGAUUUGGAGUGGGAAGGGGAAUUGCCCCAAGGCAGUGAAUUGCUCUUCGUUGAUCUUCACGCAGCAGUACAAAUCUUCUAGCUCCUGCACAAUGGUGAAUUUCUUAUACCAGCGUUUGGUAUCCUGGAGUAUGACCCUAGUCUAUUAUAAACUGCUUAAGUUUGUACAAUUUUACUUUUUGUGUUAAUGAUGUGUGCUCCCUCUCCCUCCCUUCCCUCUCCUCACCUUUUAGUCCUUCACUUCCAAUUUUGUGGAAUGAUAUUUUAGGAAAAACAGAUUUUUAAAGAAGAGAAAAAGACUGAAUUUCCUUGCUUUACUUUUGCAUAUACAGACUGGAUUUUUUUUUAACAGCCGUUUCCCCAAAGGAAUGUGUCUUACCUUAUUACUGACAUUUGGUAUGUUUCAUUCAUUGGAAUAUUUCUUAUUUUCUAUGUGUUUCAAAAGCCUGUGAGAAACACAGGAUUUGAUAAACAUUUUGAAGGCAGGAAAAAUCUAAAUUGUUUCUUCUUUGAGAGUCAUGACUACCUUCUGGUGUGUAGAAAUUGCCAUUGGAAAAAUUGACAGUUUGAUUCUUGCUGGUAUGGUUAAAAACUGAAUAAAAGGUGUUAGUAGAGUUUUUUUUUUUUCCUUUGGAUAUAUGAUCACAAAACAAUUAUAAACCUACUGUUUUUAUCAUUUAAAUUUAAAUUUGUGAGAUAGGUUUUAAAUGUCUAGGAUGCAACUAAUUUAGAUUUAUUUUGAAGUAGGGUUCUUUUAUGUUUAAUUUGUAUUUAAAAAAAAAAAACAAACCAAAAAAAUGACAAAAAAAGAAACCCCAAAAUCCGAAGAACACAAAACCCAGAGCAAAACUGUUGUGCCUUCUAUUUAUCUUUGAUUCCAGCCUUGGCAAUUGUUUAAAGAAAAAUAAAAAAGAAAAAAAAGUCUAGAUUUGUUUUACCAGGUGUAGAGUAUGUUGGGAAUUGAAGAAUCCCUCUUUCACCUUGUAUGUCUUCUGUUCAUUUGUUUUAUGCCUUAUUCUUAAAUUGAGUCUCAAACUGGAAUGCCUUUGAGGACAGACAUGCUUCUUUAGAGGUCCUUUGACCUAAAUAGUCCAGCAUUUGUAUUUUAUUUCGGUAUCUAUUCAGAAUCCUAAUCAUAGCCCGUAAGAAGGAAUAUGACUUUAAUAUUGGACUUUGUGCUUGAGUGUCUGCCAGUUUUUUUCUUAAAUCAUAGGCAUAUGGUAAAUUUUCUAUUUUGUUAUGGUUCUCUUUUAUUGAUGGGCAUGCAGUGGGUGUUCCUUGGAAAUGGCCAAUUUUUAUUAAAAUAUUUCUGGAAGAAAAAUUAAUCUGGCAAUAUAGACUAAUAUUCGUUUUACAUAGUAUGUUAAUUUCUUGAGUGCUGGGUGUGAGGUGGGUGAAGAUUUUGUGUACACAUUUGUGAAGCAAGCCUUUUUGUGAUAACUUGUCCUACUAAUCUGAAGGGCAACGAGGUUGUCAAAUUUAACUUAUUUAUUUUCUUAACAGUGUUCAAUCCUUAGGACUGUUUGAGGACAGUAUAUGAGUAGGUAUAGGAAUGUUUGUUUUGUUGUUACUGGGAAACUCUAGGUUUGCUGAAGGGUGUAGUCUUAAAAUGAAGUUUGAUAUUAUCGGUCCUCAGUACCUCAAAUAUUUGAAAAUUGGGAACAUCUCCUUCACAUAAAGAAAAUUACAUAACUGAGUCACAUGACUGUUUUUUGGGUCAGUUUAAAUAACUAUUUGGUAACCACUUCAUUUGGGCCAGGCCAGUGAUAAUUGGAAGACAUUCAGCUUGUACUGUUGUAGCUUAUAUUAAGCCUGUGGUGGAAAGAAAAAAACUUAGCUGGAGAUAUUUUUGAAAAAAAUUUUUUAAGUUGUAGUAACUGUAAAGUCAUAAAUUAUGGAUAACCUAGAAAUCCUUUUUCACAAAUAAAUGCUAAACCAUACAUUUCACAAUAGGUGUUUUUCCUACUCCAUGGUUUAAGGGUACUAACUGGAUGCAGUGAUUCUCAACUGGGGCUGUUAAUACCUCCUAGAGGACAUUUGGAAAUGGGCGAGAUUUGGGGGGGAGGGGAGAAGAGACACCACACACAUCUGGCAUUUAGUGGGUGGGGCUGACAACGCUAAAUGUUCCAUAAAAAUGAAGCAACCCCCCAUUGAGAUCAUGGAUAUUCCUCAUUCCCUAUAAUGCAUGGAGGAUGGAGGGUGGGGUGGAUGAGGACAACUUGAAGACUCCUUCAUUUGAAAACUAGCCUUAGAUGAAUUAAAUGAAUUAUGAAACAGAGAUCUCUUUCAGGAAUUACAUCUGCAGGUAAUUAAUAAUCUCACUUUUCCUUUACCCAUGUGUGGGUUUAAAGAAACAUUUGGACAGGUAGUAAUAUGCUAGGUGCUUUUUGUGACUUGUUGCAUAAGCUUAGGAAGAGAAGGGUUGCUUUAGUAAUUUCAAGUCCUCAGAAUUGGGAUGAUUGUGGCGUUUUAAGUAGCAUUGGACUUUAUGUAUCAGAUUUAGGAUCAUGGUUAACACUAUGAAGAAUCCCAAUAUCAUUGUUUACAUUAUUGCCAAUAGAAUAAGCACGAUACCCUAGAUACACAUAUAUUCCCACAGGUAGAAAGUGAAACUAGGUUAGGGCAAGAUUGUCUCUAGGCAAGCACCAACUCGUCACAUUUAAGCUUUUCGGGUUUUAAAGUACUUUUCUCAUCUGUAAGAAUGCCCCAAUGUACAGUUCUUUUCUAUUGAGCUUUAAACCCUUUACCCAUGAGUAUUUUAGCUAAGUAAGAUUAGUUUGGGUCAGUGAGUCUUAGUCUUGUAAGACCUUUUGAAAGCAAGCACAUCUUGGGCCUUACAAAAGUACAUUGUUUUCUUUUGCUCUUGUAUUCCUGUGUUGUCAACUUUGUGAGCUUUUGCUGGGAGCAGUGAAAUGGAGAGCCCAAAAAUCAUUGUUUGGCUUUGGAUGGGUAGGUUACUUACCGCAGUAUUAGUCGAACUGCACUUUAGUUUCAGAUUAGAAAACUAAUUUUCACAAUUACCCUGUGGAUUAGGUGCUAUUUUUCCCAAAGUAAUAGAUGAAGAAGAAAUCGCAUAGAGCAGUUAAAUGACUAGGCCUCUAAGUCAUCCAAGUAGCAGGAAGCAGCUUGGCCUCCAAAACUGAUGCUUUUUCUCUAGAACCCUAAUGCCUACCUAUUUUACAUUUGAGUGACAUAUUAAAUAAGACAUGACCAUAAUAAGUUACCACAGUAGAGAGACCUGAGUCUGUAAAACAUUCAGAGAAAGGUUAGCGUUACUCUUCUCCAUUUCCUUUAACGUAAACAAGAUAAGGAAACAUUGAUUUUGUAGAGCUACUUUGUUUUAUAGACUGUGGUAACAGUAAUCAUCAUUUGUUCUUGGGUUAUUUUCUCACCUGAAUUUUUGAUACACGUAGUAUAACCUUGAAACCUACAUGUGGAAGGUAACAGUAAUUUUGUUAAUACCUUAAUCCAGGUGGGUUUAUAGCAGUUGUGUUUUGUGCUUGUAACUGCCAUCCUCGGAUACUUUUAUUCAUCCUUUUAUUUGAAAAUCCUUGUAGAGUUUAAUAAUUUAGUGGGAAAACGUGGCACUUUAUAGAAAGCAAUUUGUUAGAAUCUAUAUGGUUGCAUUUGUCAAAUCUACUGAUCUAAAGAUAACUUUAUAUUGAAGUUUUAUUUUUGUGCUACUUAAGAGAAAUCUCUGCAGGAACUGCGUACAGAGAAGACCUUUGGUUCAGUAGUUAUGAACCUUUUAAAAAAAGCAACUUCAACUUUUCUUCGAAUAUGAGGUUUUAGUGAACUGCCUAAUAUGCCACGGAUGGGCAGUGGACAGUUAGAGAUAGUCUUCCACAAAUGUUUUAGAAACCUUAAUGUUUUUAGAGUUUUAGAAACUUAGCAACAUUUUGCGUGGGAAGUUGCUGAUCAAGUAAUGGCCAUGUGGCACUAGAUAAGUAAGGAUUUAUGGUUUUAAGAUAGUAAUAUGUUUUAGGAUGUGUACUGUGAUACUGAGGUUCUGGGGACCAUAGGUGGGCUUAUGAACUCUUACGAGACUAUGUUAAAGGAGAAAUGGUAGCACAUGUGAGCUGAAACUUAUUUACUUCUUAGUGGUUAUGUAGCUAUUUCAGGAUAAUGCUGAAAUUCAUGUGCUUUGCUAAUGCUUUCAUGAAAUGGUCUCAUAAUGACCUGAAUAAAAAGUAAGAAGUUGGUUAGCAGUGGUCUAAAAAAGUCCAUAACCAGCUUUGGUUUGAUUAUACUUCUGUCUUGGCUUAGAAUUAAAGUUGUUCACUUUUUGAUUAUAUGACUUGUUUUGAAAACUUCGGACGGUCUCUGCUUCUCCAGUUUCCACUUGAACCCGGUAGCUUUUCUUAGCUCUCUACGAGAGGAAAAUAGUAUUGGAAAUCAAUUUCACGGUUACUUCCAUAGACCACGUGACCUGGCCAGUUACAGAAAUCCAUAUGAGUACCUUGGAAUGUGGCCAGUGUCACAGAUUCAUAAGGGACUUGCAGUCAUCCAGUGUGUCUUUGUCUUUUAAAAAAGCAAAUGUUUACCAAAAAUUCACUAUUGAAUUACUUUAACGAGUAUUUACUUUUUAGAAACCUGCUUAUGGGAAGUUUGCAUACAUUUCUGGUCGUAAGUUAGAGAUGAUUAUAUCUUGUUUAAUCUGGAUAUAAACACUUUCAACUAUAUGAUGUAAUUAACUACUUUGGUUACUGAUUUUCUCCCCAAGCUUUGAUGUCACCUGUUUGAGUUUGGAUUUGGUUUAAAUUCUUAAAUAGUUUUAGGAAAUUUUUAUGAUAUCUUAUCCCUGAUUUUUCCCUUUUAAAUGAAGUCGUUAUACCAAAAAGCUGGCAUACGGAAGUAGCGGAGAACAACAGGUCUUCCUUUCUCUAAAGAUUCAGUGUAUGCUUAAGUAGAUCAUGUAGAACACAUCAUGUUGAAAAUAAAUUCAUGUAGUUAGAUGUUAGAUUAUGAAGAAUGGGUGGAGGUAGAAGUUAGCUGGUGGGAUAAGGAUCAUUGUGAUUUGUACGAAAAAAUCAUAAUUUUAAGUGAGACACAUCAGAAUAUUUAAAGUGUUUCUUCCCAUUCUGAUUAUUGCCAUAAGAGACAGGAGAGACUCCUAGAAUUCUCUGAAUCAUAGAAUGUUAGUGCUGGAAAGGACUAAAGUUUGUACAACCUCUUCAUUUUUCAAAAGCUAAAUGGCUCAGAGAAUAGAUUAUCAGCGCAGAGUCCUACAUUGGCUUGUAGAAGUAACAUGGAUCACCUUGAGGGUCACCACUCUGCCCUAGGUUCACUGAAGGAAGCCAGAGCUGUUAAAGGUCAGGAUGUGGGGAGAAAAGGGAAGGAGCCACAUUUUAUAUGCAUACUCGGUUGCUUCUGUAGCUCAGUUUUCAUACCCACUUUUUCUCAGUUUUCUUCGAACUGUCUUAAUGCCCAGUUCUACCAGGGCCUGUUGUCUAAGGACAUUAUUACCUUGUGCUCCCCUCAGGGAUGGGUUUACUACUAGCUGUCAGAAAGCUAUUGGGUAUCCUAAUGUUAAUAGCUGAAACUCAGCUGUAAUUUUCUCCUGAAUCCUUCGGCAGUUUGCGUUCUGUACAUUGUGGUGCUUUUCCCCACCUUGUAUUGUUAUAACUGUAAGCUCCUAAGGGGCAGCAAUUUGGUCUUAGGCAUGUACCCUGUUCAGUGCCUGGCAACGCCACGUACCUGUCAGGGUCCUAAUCUUCCUUUGCGGUGAUUUCUCCCAUUCUUCAUGGAGGUGAUGCGCCAGCCGUGCUAAACUACUUACGGUUUUUCUAAUAAGCCUGGCAUUGCUGAUUUUCGUGGCUUCAAGUGCCUUCUUUCUUCCCUGAAGAUAGAUUUGUAUCCACAUCCCCCUGUCCCCAAAGCUCUUGCCAUCGAAAUUGCUUUUUUCAAAACCCAGUUCAAGACCAUUUUCCUUUUCCCUAAGAGAAAAGACUUGCAACAGGAGUGAGGAACCCCUUUUUGGUGGUCUGGUUUGGCCAGAAUUUGAAGUGGGGAGCAAAUUCAUUCUCAUCUCCUUCCCUCCUACGUUGUCCUUCCUGUGUGAGAUUCUGUCCCAACCUUCAUUUUUAAAAAUGUGUGUUCAUAGAGCACUUUUAACCUUUCUCCUCGCUCAUAUAACUUCCCCUUCAACCUACAAUUAGAAUGACCUGUAUGAGUUUUACUACCAUCAGCUCCUCCUUUACUAGACCAUAAGCUCCUCGAGGACAAGGACUGGUUCAUUAUCCCUGUAUUUCACCAGAAGGUACAGUGACCUCCAUGAAAAGAGUCCUUAAAAGAGGACUCAUUGAGUUGAAUAAAUUAAUGUAUUUGUUGUUUUUUAUUCUCACAAGUAAGGACAUGCCUAGAGAUAGGACUUAAAUUUUUAGGCACUAUCACAAUUCAUAGUGGAGGGGAUUGUUGGGAAAUUUUGAGGGGUGGGCACAGGAGGGAGGAAGUCACUGGGGACACUCAGAGGUACUUCCAUCCUUGGUCUGGGUGAUUAGCCAUUUCUUUCUGAUUGUGCCCAGUAUAUCCCAGACACUUUGUUCCUGUGCAGAAGAAUUUUAUGUGCCAACUUUCAUUUCUUUUCCCAGACCUAGUCCAUUGUUCUCUCUGUGUCCUCACCCAUGCCAAAAGUCUAAGUCCUCUGCCUUUUUUUCUUAUUCUAGCUAAGUCCUGUCAGUGCUACCUCAAGGCUUUCACACCUCUUUCCUCCCCACUUAGAUGAUUUCAGUGGCCUCUCAGCUUCCUUUACCUGUUCUUACCCCCAGCCUACCUUAUACACAAUAUUAGAUUCAUCUUACUGAAACGUAGCUCUGACCAUGUAUCCCGUGGAUGUGUUCUGUCUCCCCUACUAGACUGUAAGCUCCUUACGGGCAGGGUCUGUGUUGGAGUCAUCUUUGUAUCUCCCGUAGUACCUAUCAAUAAAUGUUUCUUGAAUGAACAACACACAGCCUUGUCUUAGUGAAAUGAUGUUUUCUAGACUAUAUGUAGGUUCCUCUCUGGGAUAAUCACAGUACUUCAAAAGUUUUUUCACAGAUAAAGUUGGUUAAAUAGUGACAACUAUGAGUUGACCACAGAGAAAAUUUCAGAAAACUUUAAUUUUUUUCCAUUGGAAUCAGCGUGGAUAUGUGUAUAUGGAUGGUUCAAUAAAUAUAUUUUUAUAUACAUGUAUCACAGAAAUUUUACAUUACAUCUUCAAACUGCAGAAAUAGAUUUUUUAUAAGCCAAAAAAUAACUGCCAUAACUUUUAUGAUUCCAUGCAAAAAAGGGCGAAGAGUAAGGGGCAAAAGGGAAUUGGUUGUUUCAGGUUAAGAGUCCAGUAAGAAGUAAAAAUGUUACAUUAAGGAAGCGAUUGCUUAACACGCUGCUUAAGGUGGUAGCCAGACAAAUCCUUAACUGCAGCAUUAAGGCCAUACCAAGUUUAUACAUAUAUACAAAGAAAUUUCCAUAUAAAAGACAUACUAUCACAUUUUCUUCUGGGAAAGGAUGAGGAGCUUUGUGAGUAAUUCUGACCCAAUUUUCCAGGCCAAUUAAUUGUUUAAGAUGCCCCCAGGCUCCUGAAAUCUCUUCUACUUUGGCUGUCAGUUGCUUUUAUGUGGGCUUGUGACUUUUGUAGUCUUACGUGGAAGUAUGAAUCAUCUUGAACCUCUUCCAUUAUGGGUGAUGAAGCACUUUGUAGCUUAACUAACUCACACUGCCCAGCCCAGCAUAUUGUACAUCUCCCAAAAGUAUUGGAAUCACAGAAUUGUAAAUUGUAGUCGUCUUACCUGUAUCAGACUCCACAGCCAGUGUUGGCAUUGUGACCUGAAGAAAUACACGGUGCCUGUCUGUUCUUUGGGGUUAAAAUAACUUUGAGUAGUUAAAGUGUAAUGAACCAAAUUGUGAGGUGUCAAGGUAACAUACCCUGGACCUGUUGCAAGUUAACGCUUUUAUCCCCUGUAUGUCGUGACAUCCUUAAGUCAGUAGCUACCUUUUUGAAAAAAAAAAAGGAAAUGCAAAAUCACUUGCAGAAGAAUAACAUGGGGUUUGCUCUUCUGUCUAAACAUCAAAUCAGGCAACUUUUAAGACAAAGGGUACAUCUGUUGUGCAAAUAUCUUAAGUGCGUGAAAUGGGGAAAAUAUAAGGGCAAGUCCUUUGGAGAUGACUUCCAGUUAGGCAGAAGUCCUUUGCUUUGGCAAGGUUGGGGUGAGACUCUCGAGAGUGUGCACUCUGGUUCUAUUGGCAGAAACUGGCCCACCUUGGUGGAUGAAUCUUGAGUUAAAGUUACUAAGUCUAAGAUAAAUUAUGUCAAUAAAAUAUACUUUUCCCCAGUGACUGAGCCUUUAUUUGAUAAUAAGUCCCGUGGAAUGUUUUCAAUCAAUCUAAUACUGCUUUUUCGUUAAUGUUGAUGUAGCUGUGAAUUGAAAAUCCCUAGUGGUCCUGUUUGUCCCUGUUUCUCUGUAGACCAUUUUCCAACUAUGGCUCCAGCAUGUUUACAACAAUUAUGGCUGCAAGGUAAUUGGGUCUCCUCCCAUGGGUUCCCUGGGCCAGUCGAGUUUGAGGUGUCUGGAAAUGGCUUGUCUUGGGAGAAGACCAAAGAAUUGUGAUUUGGAAGCACUGGAGUAUGUUUGCACACUUAGAAAGUAAGCCCUCACUGUCCUUCCCAGUCAUGCCUCAACCGCUCCUGACUGAAAAUGCUAGCAAUUUCCAACUGAUACUUUGCAUCAGUUCUAGACAAAGUGAUUUUAGCCAACUGGUCAGUUAUGAUGCCGACCUACACACUGAGACAUGGACAUCCUUUGUCACUCUUACCUAGAGGGCUGAAAAGUAUUAAGCGUCUUGUCUUGGUCACUUUGUGGUUCAUUUUGUGCAUUUCAGGUCUAAUUACAGCAGUUGAAGACCUGUAUCGUGUCCAGUUUUUAAAACUUACUUGGAGGCUGCUGAGGUACCUGGUGUAUUUGUCUUGAAAGUAGAACUUGGCUGUUUAGCUUUUUUUUUUUUCCUUCAGGUAGGCAUUUUAUCUGCAUUCAAUAGACUAAUUAAGCAAGAUGCACCCAUUGGGGUUUAAUUCACUCAUCUCACUUUACCAUUAGUGCUGAAAAUAAUGGAUUAAGUAUUGGAAGGUUGAACCGUGAAAGUAUGAAAUAAUAUGAAUUUUAAAUGUUCUGAGAUUAAUUGUGGGAACAUCAAUGUUUCAGCUUUUUACAUAGCAUUCAGGCAUGUUGAGCAUGGUACACUUUUAAAUGAGGUAGAAAUACACC